AUGGAAACACCUGCAGACAACAGUAGCAGCAACAUCAAGCAGAACAUCUUUAACAGAGUCAAAUCCAUCUUCCACCAUCUGAGGUGGUUCUUCUGCUUGUCGACGUCAUCUCAAGAUAACGAUCAACCCGGCAGCAACAUCAACAACAUAAAGAACAUUAAGAACAACAACAUCAUCACCACAAACAACAAAAACAACAACAACAAUAAUAAAAUUCUUCAACAGAAAGAGUUAACCCAGUUGAAUAAUAUUCUCUCCCUAGCCAGCAACAUCAAAGACAUAACCUCGUUCAAUGAUUUGCCAUUGGAAUGUAAGCUGAAGAUCUUUUCAAAUCUGACAACACUUCAGAAAGGUCAAUGUCGUCAAGUUUGUUCUGACUGGAGUGAGUUGUUGAUGGAUGCAACUCUCUGGAAAGAACUCGAUCUGACCAGCAUUCAGUUCGUAUGUCGGUGUUCAGCAAGAUGUUUCAAACUCAGUCAGGCUGAUGCUCUCACGUCAUCAAACUCUUCAUCCCAAAUGUUAUCUGUGAUAUGUAAAAAUCAGGAAUGUUACAAAAAUUAUCGAGUUAAAUUGAGGAAGUUUGCUGAUUUCAUAGCAGGCAUCCAGCCACACGUGCAUAGCUUGAAGUUUUCAAUUGAUUUGAUUGACUGCUCAGACUGGGUUGAGAUGUUGCACAACUUCAUCGACUCUAUCGAUGUUGAGAAUUUAUGUGUGGCUUACAUCGAUUGGACCAGAAGAGCUUUUCGGGCAGCAUCUCCUCCAUCUUUGUCAUCAUCCUUGUCGUCAACUUCCUCUUUGUUAUUGUCAUCAUCGCUGUCAUCUUUAUCAUCUCAAGCUAUCAAUGUUAUUGGUGCUGCCAGGGGCGAUGUUUUCAAUAACGACAACAACAUUAAUGUCAACCACAACAACGUUAUCAACUUCAAUAACAUCAACUUUGACAACAUCGAUUUUCGAGAAAAUCAAAACGACAUUGCUCUGAAACAACGACGCCGAUUGAGAAGAUUUGAUCUUUUCUUUGACAACUUCACACAGGUCGCAUAUCAACUUCAAUGCCUAACUUUGCCGUUUGAGUGGACGGAGAAGUCGGUGAGGAUGUUGUGCAGACUGGAAAAGUUGAAGUCAUUGGUUCUUAUGAAGUGUCAACACAGCAUUACAAAACUGGAGCUGAGGUACUUGGAUACGUUGUUGGUCAGCAUGCCCCACCUUCAGCACCUCACAGUUGAAGCUGAUUUGAGCGAAUUCUUGAAUGUGGAACUCUGGAGUAUCUCCUCAAACUCGUUGACAUCACUGGAUUUGCAGAACUGCAGUUGCAUAAACAUCACCAAAAUGAACAUACCUAACCUGAUCAGCAUAAAGUUAAUGGAGAAACAAAGAAGAGAUCGACUGGGUGAGAGAAUGCGCAAUAACGAUGAUGAGUACCACGAAGGUGAUGAUAAUUUUGGUGAUUCAGUUUUCCCUUCAAUCUGUCUGCAUGAAGUCUUAAAGAUUGGAGCACCCCACUUGAAGUUCAUCAACAACUUCAAGUUAGGGAGAGAUUGGAGAUGUGCAUGUGACAACGAACUUGAUGUUCUCAUUGGUCGUCUCUGUGGUUGCUCUGGUCACUACCGUCAUCCUCUUCCUCUUCAGUGA